AUGGCGGGCCCCCACACACUCCCAGCCGUGCGCAUGACAGCAGAAGGCGAAAUCCUCAUCCAAGAAGGCGUUUCUCUUGAGCUUCCGGCAAGAAGCAAAUUCGGUGUAUCGUACGCUCCAUCAGAAGGCCAUCGAAACACUGUCAUGGAGGGUCUGCAGCAGUCGCGCUCUACGCUGCCGCCAAUAACCAAUUCCUCAGACGAUGAACAGCACGAUUCAGAAGCAGAGGAUGUAGCAGGGAAUACUACUAGUCCUACUUGGAAAGUCGCGCCUCCACCGACGUCGCCCACCGCUCAAGUACCUAUGAGGUCAUUUGCUGACGUCCCAGCGCCUGGCAUAUCUCGAGCCCUCUCCAUGCCCCUGCCUUCGCAGCUCAGUCAGCUUCAGAACCCACACCGGCCAGGUCGAUCUGACUCUUACAAAACAUCGUCCCUUUCACGCUCGUCACAAGAUGAUCAAGUCCGGGAAGUCUCUGUAGAAUUGGCGGAUUCGAUCCAGUUGGUUAUCCAGACCAUGCUUCAGAUAUCCCCCCCACAGGUUUUGGAUCCAGCGAAAGAGCAGUUCUCAGCAUGCGCACUGUCAGUCCCGACUUCAUCUAUGUCCGCCAUGUUCACAGCGAUGAAAAACAUUAAUUACAUAUCCGCAAAUAUGUCUGCCUUGUGUGAACAAGCGAGUGCCAGCACUUCUCGUCCUAUGGGUCAAGAAAAUCCCCCUUCCCCCAUCCCAACUAUCACAAAAGUUGAUACCGACAACGAGUUUGACAUUGGAGAAAUGCUGCAGUGCGUAGGCGAUGCCUUGAGUGGUGCUGCAGCUCAUGCAGGAGUUGAUCUGGUCCUCUAUCACGGAGAUGUAGGCUUGAAGCAUGUUUAUGUUUCCGGAAACGAAAGCGGGAUAUCAUUCGCACUGUCUCAUGUUGUUCGUCAAGUUUUAAACACUGCAGAGCGAGGGGAUUCUAUUGAGAUUGGACUUCUCGUCAGUGCUGUAUCAAACUCAUUGGCAGACCACGACGGCCCUACGGAAAGUCCUCCUGUAGACGACAUGCUCAGCGCCGCGCCUCUGGAAUCCAAUGGUCCCGUCAAGGUCAAGCUCCGAAUCUCACACAAGUACGCUCCUUUGGACACGCAUCAAGAUACAGAUCGUCCACAUGAUGUUGUAACCACUGAGACAAGAGUACAGCCGACCUUCUCUACUCUUCUUUUGCGACGUAUUCUCAAGCAGAUCGAUGGCAAGUUAACUGCGGACCUUCCUCCCCCAGAAGCGUUUACUAGUGGUCGUACUUGUGAUCUCGAAAUGGUUCUCAAUCGAGCUCCUGUGCCAGCACAGCCGAUUCCCCUUCAGCCGUUUGACGAUGGUGUUAACCCAGAACCUACUCUAGAGCAGCUUUCUUCAUUCGGAGAGACUUUGAAGGGUAGGAAAGUGAAGCUUUAUGCCAGCGCAAAAGGUUCCUUCGCACAUCAUUUGACGAGCUAUUUGACUGCAUGGGGUAUGGAUGUCACGCAUGUGUCGCCAGACGGCCAAGUGGAUGGACUAACGGAUGCAACUCCAUCCGGGCAAGAAGAAUCACUUCUAACUUCUCAGAGUCCACUUCUGCCUACAUAUGCAGGAGAUACCAUCCCAAAUCUUCAAAUUAAGCCUGAUACCAGUGCCCCUGUACCUGCGACUCCAAACUUCAUCUUCAUUGAUGACGAUAUCGAUAUUCUGAAAGAGCGCCUGCAGGCUCUUCGAUUCGAAAACCAGCCAACUAUGGUCAACAACUCUAGAAAGCGGCCGUCGUUAUCAUCCAACCAUCGCCCUAAAUCCUCUCCAGCCAUGGCUCGUCUCGCAACCUUUCAGAGCAACUUUAUGCGGUCACCGCCAGUGGUGAUAAUGCACUUUACGAGCUUAUCGAACUACAAGUUGGUGAGAGAUGUCAUGCAAUCUAUCAUGCAUUCGUAUGCUGUUACCUCUACACCCCUACCCGAAGUCAUGAUCAUACCCAAACCUGCGGGGCCUCGUCGCUUUUUGACUGCACUACACACCGCUGUCACUAAACCCAUUGUCGAUCCAUUGUUCAUGCCAAUCGCGACGUCUCCAAUGAGCCCUGGUACACCCAACGCAUCGGGAUCUUUCUUCUCUCCUGCUCUCAGUGAGCACAGCAAUAUUGGGCCCAAUCCAGAUAGCAAUCCCUCUUCUCAAGCCCAGUCUCCAUUGGUGAAAAACUUGAGCAGGCCGGCUGGAAGUGCACGUAACAACUCAGAUCGUUCUGCGCGAUCCAGUGAUAGCGUUGGAAACGGGCCGUCCAUUCUACCACCCUCACCUCUUGCUUUGCCCGAUAAUGUUGAAUACUUCUCCGUCGCGGCACAGAAACUGGGAACUUCUCCGUCAUCAGGCCUUGUAAUCCAAAGUCCUGAUGGACAGACCGCAGGAAUUUAUUUCCACCCUCGAAGUAAAUCAGGAAGCAAACACCCAGUAACUCAUUCCAUGGAACGAGACAAAGGGCAGCUUGUCGUCCCUGGUCCUCGCAGAGUAUCAGUAUCUCGGGUUUCUUCGGACGGGAAAAAGGAUGACAAUGUGUCUUUCUCGUCUUUGCACGAAGCACAUCAGUUGGCUGGUCAGGAGGAAGCCAAACCAGUGGCUAGUAGUUCGACUAUGGACCCUUCGCCUAACAGGUCAACCGAGGAUCAGCGCGAACAACCUUCUUUUGCAGCUAGUAUCCUUUCUCCUGUGCCUCGAAAAGCCAGCGAUGAGAUCCGUAAACUUGCAUCAGCUGGUAGUGCGCCUACCGAGGGCACACCAUCUAUACGGCGAACAGCCAAACGCAGUGAAACCAAGGACGGGACUCCUGUGGCAGGGGCUAAGCAAAAGGGGAAAGUAAUGGGUUCUGAUAAUGUUGUUCCUCCAAUUAGUGUACUCAUUGUUGACGAUAACCCCAUCAAUCAAACGAUUCUGUCGACCUUCAUGCGGCGGAAAAGGAUCAAAUAUGAUUUAGCUAGUAAUGGGCAAGAAGCAGUGCAAAAGUGGCGCACAGGAGGGUUCCAUUUGAUUUUGAUGGAUAUUCAAAUGCCAAUCAUGGAUGGCAUUCAGGCGACAAAAGAGAUCAGGCGUUUGGAAAAGUUGAACGCCGCGUCAGGAUACCCCCCAUUAUCGCCAACCAUGACAGAUGAAGGAAAUACUUCAAUUUCCUCUGGAGCUUCAUCAACCUCAGAGACGCGAUCCUUCAAUUCCCCGUAUCGGUCAUCCGUUAUCAUCGUGGCUCUUACUGCAUCGUCUCUCCAGACCGAUCGUGUAGCUGCACUAGCAGCUGGUUGCAAUGAUUUCCUAACAAAGCCUGUGUCAUUAUUGUGGCUAAACAACAAGAUCAUUGAAUGGGGUUCAAUUAAGGCUCUACAGAUGUGGGCAGACCUCCGACCGGAUGGAGUGCGCUCGGUGUCGAGUGGCCUUGAAGCCCAAGCCAGGAAUGUCGCAGAAAAACUUCAUGUACCAGUCAAAGAACGCCCCUCGCCUAGUUCAUCAUCAACGCGACGAUCGACCAGUGCCUUAGAGGACAAUGCUGCCGCUCUUGCAUUAGCAUCAUCUUCUGGGACAAGUCACAAUCUCUCAAAUGUCCCACCGUCUCCGCUAUCUUCCUCGUUCAUGGUCCCAGAUAGGCCCAGGAGCAGGUCUUCUAAUAUAUCAACAUCGGGUCAGAAUUCGAGAUCAACAUCUUUUGACACCGCUCGCAGUUCCUUUGAGACCAGGACGAGUAUAGAAAUGGAUCAAGAUUCGACGCCGAAGCCCAGCACACCAGAGACCAAGACCAAAUACCGGGAGUCCGGCAUGCAACAAAAGCGAUCCACGCCACCCAUCAACCUGGAGCAUACCGAUGACUCUUUGCAGACAUGUAGUCCCUCUACAUCAACAGCUUCGAAAGCCAUUAAAGCAGAGGAAAACGGGUUCUCAAAACCCGUCGAUGCAGACGAGCAAAGCACUUCUCCAAAUGCAUCAGUAGCAUCAAACGACUCAAACGGUUUUUAUUCAUGA